AUGGAUCCAUCAGAGCAUUUUCACGAGGACAGUCACUCACUGAACCAUAGGUCCAGGGCCAGCAGCGGUGUCUCGACAACAAAGAGUUUGCUUAACACGCUUCAGCUGUCUAGCUUGCCACGAGAAGCGCAACCACUCGAACUCAGUGGCACACAGUCGUCAUCAGCAUCCUCGCAAAGAACAACAUCUUCACCUUAUAUCAGUCCUGAGCUCGCCGUCCGGCACAUUCAGGGCUUCCUACCGACUCCUGCGUCACAAACUUCACAUGUGCCUUUCCCAGAGCUCUCCGAGGAUAUUUUAAACGCAGCUUGGUUCAACGUUCAAACUUCGCAGCCGUCGGAUCAAGGCCCUCCUCUUCUGAAAGUCGACCCCGUGGACGAACAGCCCCGGAAUUCGAACUCGUCCACCUCCCUCCCGACUCCUCAGUCUGCCAACAUGAGGUUUGUGCCCUCUUCCGAUCAGGCCUCAGUCCUCACCAGUCACCACUUCUUGCAUGGCCCUUCGUCCUGGGAUUCAACUAACUCUCUGUAUAGCGCUGUGGCAUCACUGAACUUUGACCCGAUGUUUGAUAUGGGACCCCGCUCUUCUUAUAGCUGGUCUGUGCUCGAGUCUGGUAACAAUAGUGGACUUCUAGGUCACCAAUUGGGUCAAUACGGCUCGGAAGCCAGUCUUACUCCCCCCAGUGGUACUAGCUCCGUCACAGCGAGUCCACCGCGCAACAUGACAGCAGAGCAACGCGAACUCAAGCGCCAGCAAGACCAGGCGCGUCGCAACUCAAAGAACGCUGCCAGGAUGAGAAGGGCAGGCAGCGGCUCGACAUACGGGCAGUCUCCGCCCGUUUCUAUCGCAGAGCUCGCAUCACCUCCUUCUCUUCCCGUCUACACCACUGGUCCAACGCAAAUCUCACUACUCGCCGAGCCAUCAACGUCUCUCACCUCCGCAGCAGCAUCCUACAGCCUUCCAACCUAUUCAACUUCUCUUCCGUCGGACCCGCAAAGCCAGACAGUCUUCUCGAACCCGUACCAACCGCAACCGUAUCUGCAGGAAUACCAACCUGCAUACCCGACGACCACGCCGCCAGGAUUACCUUCACAUUAUGGGUUAGCUGAUUCCUUGCUGGGAGAUAACUUCUCGCAGGCAGCAACGGCGCUAACACUCCCGCACAGUCGUGUCAACCUCGGAACCCAUGACCAGCAGCAGCAUCGACAACAGGCACCUGGCCUUAUGUACGCGAACGCCAUGUCGAUGAUGGGUCCCGUACCUGGCUCUUCACCGCCGCACCACCCGUCGACCGCGCAUGUCCAACAUCAAGACGGAGCACACAACGUUCGAGUGGUGGGAAGCCGACCCAAGCCGCAAUGCUGGGAGCAUGGAUGCAACGGUCGCCAGUUUUCGACGUUUAGCAACCUUCUCAGGCACCAGCGGGAGAAGUCCGGCCAGGCCACGAAAUCGGUCUGCCCGAACUGCGGGGCUGAGUUUACUCGAACCACGGCGAGGAACGGUCAUCAACAAAACGACAAGUGCAAAGCACGACGCAGCACAUAA